AUUUCUAGUUGUAAGUAAAUUCAUUAUAUUUCAUACUGGUUAUCACCACAAGCAUCUUUAGUAAGUUAUGAAUCACGAACAAGGUCAUUAGAUCUGAACUAUUCACACAAAUCCGCAUGCUGUAUAGUAGCAAUGCUAUGUAAUCUUCAUAUCAUAUCAUGCUUGAAACACGCACACAAUAAAUCAGAAAGCAAAGGCUGACAUUUGUAUUAUCGCCAGCUGAGUUCCGUCUCAUUUACUUCUAUAUGGUAGCUCACUUUUGUUACGACAGUGCUGUGAGUAGUACUGUCGAUAAUUUUGUAUUUAUUUUAUAUUUAUUUCAAGGUUACAUUUUCUUUUAUAUUAUUUUCUACGGCAAAAUCUAUGCAUUCACAUAAAAACGUCUAUGAAUUCAUUAGUGAAGUCAAAUUGUUUUCAUUUUUUAACAAAACUCAAAAGAUCAUCAAUAUAACCUAACCAAAGUACAACCAAGAAAAUCAUUUGUAGUGAAUUUACAAGUUAUGUCUCAACUUGAUCAUGCAAUCUAAAUAUUAAUUAUUAACACAACAGAGUAAAUAAGAUUUGAAUAUCUAAUGGAAUGCCAAGUGACAAUCACACACUAGUCAGCCUUACAUACAUUCACAGUUAGAAAAAAUUUCAGAAAGAGUAUUCAACUAUUUCAUCAGUUUCCAAAUUACCUAAUAAGAUACCAAAUAAUUGUGAUCUUCAAUAUUAUUCCAAGCAACAUCAAAAGUGAAAGUGUACUUAUUUUUAUGUUCAGUGUACUUACAUAUGUUAUGCAAUAACCACGUCAAGAUAAAUCCAUCAUCAGCAGGUACUUAGAGAUCAUUUUGGAUCAAUUACCUGUGGAGCUAAUGUCCAGUUCAAUAUUACCAUGGACGCAAGCAAGGCAAAAGUUCAUCCAAAUCCCCGAGAGAAGUCAAACAUUUUAUCAGUGUUAUUCUGGACUUGGACACUUAAGUUAUUCAGAACUGGAUACUCGAAAAUUCUAGGUCCUGCCGAUCUGUUUGACCCAUUGAAAACUGAUCGAUCUGGAGUUCUUGGCGAUCGACUGGAGAAACAAUGGUUCCUGGAAUUAGAAUCUAAGAAGAAGUCAAAAAAGAGGCCGAAUUUUUUAACAACAAUUUUCCGGUGUUUUAUGUGGGAAUACUUUAUCUAUGGCGUUCUUCAUACAUUCAAUGAAUUCAUUUUGAGGUUAGGAACCCCCAUUCUUUUAGGAAGACUUCUGAGAUAUUUUCGAGAAAGUGGUGGAGUGACUUACAAUGAUGCGCUGAUGUAUGCAGGAGGUAUUUGUCUAGCAACAGGAAUCAAUGCAAUUACCAUUAACCAAUCAAUUUUCGGAGCAUUCUACCUGGGUGGUAAAAUAAGAAUAGCUGUUUGUUCAGUAGUUUAUCGCAAGGCGCUAAGAUUAAGCACAACUGCUUUUGGCGACACAGCACCUGGUAAAGUUGUAAAUUUAAUCGCUAAUGAUGUCAAUCGAUUCGAUUUGGUAUCAGUAUUCAUUCAUCACAUGUGGUCUGCCCCCACUUGCAGCACUGAUAAUUGGAUAUUUUUUAUACGUCGAAGCUGGUUACGCUGGCAUACUGGGAAUAGCAGCUGUUUUUGUUGUGGUUCCUAUCCAAUC